AUGGCCUCCACGGCCGCCGCAGAGCUGGCCAAGCUGGGCUUCAGCCUGUUACGGCGAGCGAACGAUGAGGAGGAUCCCGAAGAGGGCGACUCUGCGGAAAAGGAAUUCUUCGCAGCAUGGGCGCUCUUCAUCUCCAUCAUGCUGCUCAUCAUCGCCUUCUUCACCAGCUACAUGCUCCAGCAGAAGAAGGUGACUGCGAUCCACGAGACAGUCAUCUCCAUCUUUGCAGGCAUGGUUGUCGGCCUCAUCCUGCUCAUCACCUCGGGCGACUCCAUCCGAAACCUCAUCAGCUUCGACUACCAGAUCUUCUUCAACCUGCUGCUCCCCCCCAUCAUCCUGUCAUCCGGAUACGAGCUGCACCAGGCCAACUUCUUCCGCAACAUCGGCACGAUCCUGACGUUUGCCUUCGCCGGCACCUUUCUCUCCGCCGUCGUCAUAGGGCUGAUCCUGUGGAUCUUCAACCUGGUCCCUGGAUCCCUGGAAUUGACGCUGGUUGAUGCCAUCUCCGUUGGCGCAACGCUCUCCGCCACCGAUCCCGUCACCAUCCUGGCCAUCUUCAACACGUACAAGGUCGACCCCAAGCUGUACACCAUCAUCUUUGGCGAAUCGAUCCUCAACGACGCCAUCGCCAUUGUCAUUUUCGAAACCGCGCAAAAGUACAACAAGGGCGAGGCCAACUACGGCAUCAUCAGCUUCUUCGAGGGUACCGGCAUCUUCUUGCUCGUCUUCUUUGGCAGUUUGCUCAUCGGUGUCAUCGUCGGCGUCGGCACCGCUCUUCUGCUCAAGUUUACCUAUGUGCGAAGAUUCCCCAAAAUUGAAAGCUGUCUGAUUAUUUUGAUUGCCUACGCUACUUACUUCUUUUCCCAUGGUCUUCACAUGUCUGGUAUCGUGUCGCUCUUGUUCUGCGGCAUCACACUCAAGCAUUAUGCCUAUUUCAACAUGUCGAGACGUACCCAGCUCACCACCAAGUACAUCUUCCAAGUCAUGUCGCAGCUCUCUGAAAACUUCAUCUUCAUCUACCUGGGCCUGGCGCUCUUCACAGACAAUGCUCUGCAGUUUGAGCCGCCCCUCAUCAUUGUCACCAUCUGCGCCGUGUGCGCUGCUCGAUGGGUCGCCGUCUUUCCCCUUUCCAGGGCCAUCAACUGGUUUAUCCGCUACCGCGCGAGGAGGAGAGGACUGGAGGUUGGCGACGAGCUCCCCUACAACUACCAAGCCAUGCUGUUCUGGGCUGGUCUUCGCGGUGCCGUCGGUGUGGCCCUGGCAGCCCUUCUCACGGGCGAAAACUCGUACGCGCUUAGGGCUACCGUCUUGGUUGUUGUGGUCUUGACAGUCAUCAUCUUUGGCGGGACGACUGCCCGUAUGCUGGAGAUCCUCGGUAUCCGCACCGGGGUGGUGGAAGAAAUCGAUAGUGACGACGAGUUUGACAUUGAGUCCUUCGGCACCGGCCUUCAUGUUAAGCGCUCCGGCUCUGCCAUUGGCUACAACCCUCGCCGCAACGGCACCGUCGCCCUCAACAACCUCAGCGCUCCCAGAGACGGUUCCGCAGCCUACGUGUCCGGCACCUCGUCUCCCCACACGGGCGUUAGGCCGAGCAGCGUCAGCCGCAAGAACUCCCUCCGCAACCCUACCGAGACGGAGCGCGCCGAUCUGCUGCGCGGCGCCAAUGAGGACUCCGACAUUGGCAGCGACAUUGACAUCUCAGACUUGCCGCCCCCUGCGAACCGCCGCUCGCCCCGGGCGCCCCCGUCGACGUCGUCGACACCGAUCACGUCGGCGACGGGGGCCAUACGGCAGCUGCUCUCUACAGAGGACCCAGCGAGCUUGUUCAAGCAGCUGGACGAGGACUUUAUCAAGCCGCAUCUAUUACUUCAUGGGGAUGGAGGGAGAGGAGGGGGAUCAGGGGCUGUGUAA